GCAUGGUUACAGACUUUUUAGUGCUCUGUUGUGGGACAGACAGAGGGUGAGAAUUGUGAUCUUUGUUUGGUGUGAGCAGGGACACCACUUAUCCCAAGGAAAAGGAUGCUGAGACCCGUCUCUGCUGUUAUCCAGCGAACGCUGCAAUUGCAGAAGAGGGGGAGGGAAAGAUGUGACAGGCCUGUUGAUUUGCACUGCAUAGUCAUCAGCCACUGGACCCUCCCCCCUCACCCACACACACACGCACGGUUGCCGGCAGUCACUGACUUAUCUGUGCUCUGUCGCAGGAGUGACGGAGGGUGAGAAUUGUGAUCUUUGUUUGGUGUGAGCUGGGACACCGCUUGUCCUAAGGAAAAGGAUGCUGAGCCCCGUCUCGGAUGUUAUCCAGCGAACGCUGCAAUUGUAUGACUGGUGCUUCAGCAUCGCAGAUAAACGUGUUGAAAAAUGGCCGUUGAUGCAGUCUCCUUUGCCUACACUGGCAAUCAGCACAGCCUAUCUCCUUGUUGUUUGGCUGGGCCCAAAGUUUAUGAAGAACAGAGAGCCCUUCCAGUUACGCUACCUGCUGAUUGCCUACAAUUUUGGCAUGGUUAUUCUGAAUUUCUUCAUAUUUAAAGAGCUGUUUCUUGGUGCAAAAGCUGCUGGAUAUAGUUAUAUAUGCCAGCCAGUAGAUUAUUCAGAUGAUGAAAAUGAAGUCAGGGUGGCCUCAGCUCUCUGGUGGUACUAUGUUUCAAAAGGGGUGGAAUAUUUUGACACAGUAUUUUUCAUACUUAGAAAAAAAUUCAACCAAAUUAGUUUUCUGCAUGUAUAUCACCACUGCACAAUGUUCACACUCUGGUGGAUCGGAAUCAAAUGGGUUGCCGGAGGACAAUCAUUUUUUGGAGCGCACAUGAAUGCACUGAUCCAUGUUGUGAUGUACUUAUAUUAUGGGUUGGCUGCCUGUGGACCACAUCUACAGAAGUAUUUAUGGUGGAAACGAUAUCUGACAAUAUUGCAGCUGGUUCAAUUCCAUGUGACAAUCGGACAUACAGCUUUAUCACUGUACAUUGAUUGUCCAUUUCCCAAGUGGAUGCAUUGGGCUCUGAUUGUGUAUGCUAUCACUUUUAUUAUUCUUUUCGUUAACUUCUACUACCGGACAUACAAUGCUCCCAAAGCACCAGCUAAAAGUGGGAAAUCACUCAUAAAUGGAAAGACCUCUGUUAAUGGCAAGUCCUCUGUGAAUGGAAAAUGCCAAAUUAAUGGAAAAUUAAUGAAUGGAGCAGUUAAUGGAGCUGUAAGCAAGCAAGAUAAUAAAGUUGGACAAGAAAAUGGGCGAAAAAGGAGAAAAGGAAGAGCCAAGCGAGAAUAAGAAGCCGAAAGCCUUAAACCCUGUUAAAUGGAACCUCAGACUUAGGGGGUGACACACCUCUAGCUAAAUAGGCAUAACACAUACAGUUAUUUCUGAUUAUAUAGAUCAGGUCUAACCCAGCAAUUUACAACCUAUUUAGGUACAAAUGUUUGCUGGUGUUAUUUCUCUUGUAUUUAUUGUGAUGCUGGCACUGCCCUUUUACCCAGCAUUUUAAGCUCUAAUUAGGAUUAUACUAUUUUUAACAUUUCUCUGAACAAAGACAUGGAUUUGAACAAGAGUCCUUUUUGGCUUUUUAAGCAGUCAGGGAGAAACUGGUGAAUAAUCUAUAGCAGAAAGAUUUCUGGAACCAGCAAUUUGGAAGAUGAAGUGGGAGGCAGAAAUCACUGGAAGCAAAGUCUCCUAAUCUUUUAUGCCAAAAUAUUAUGGCACAUUUACCUCAUUUAGUCAUAGUGAGAGGUUGCAAUUAUGUCUAAUUGCCGUAAUUGUGCAGAAACAAGAAGGUGGUAUUUUACCCCUACAGCGUCUACUAGUGUCUAGACUCACACUGCUCACAUUAGUAAUAGCAAAACUACAAUGAUAGAUCUGUUAACCCCAUGGUGUCUCAUUGUGUUUCUACCCCAUAGGGAAUGAUUGUUGUAUAGCCUGUCUGUUGAACCAUCCUUUAACCUACCAGAUUUUAGCUCAUAACAUGAAGCAGCCAUUAGCACACAAAUUGUUACCCUUAUCACUUUAGGGCACAUAUCAGACUAGAAUUUUAAAGGGAUGCUGAACUUAAACAAGUGUUCUUAUAUGAGUAACUGGUUGUAGCAUACAAAGGUGCAGGGCCGGAACUAGGGGUAGGCAGAAGAGGCACCUGCCAAGGGUGCAAUGGUGGGGGGGCUCCAGGCAGGUACCUACCACUGGUUUUGGGCCCUUUCCCCCCACUGUGCAGCAGUCCCGGUAACCCCGCCACCCUGUGUGCGCUUGUGCCGGUGCGCACGGGGUGGGGGGGAUUGUUGGCGGUGGGCGGCCAAGCCGACCAGGUUGCCUAGGGCUCCUGGCCGGUUUGGCCCGGCACUGCAAAGGUGUAUGUUCAUAUGUAUCAAUAAGAAAUGCAUAUAAAAUAGCAAGUGCAGUUUUUCCUCAGGAUAGGGUAAUUUCCCACUUCAUUUUAGAUAGGCUUAGUAUGAUGAAAGAGAAUAACUCAAAUAAAAACCUUCUUACACAGAAGACUAAGCAUGCACCAGUAUAUCUUAAUCCUUAAGUUUUCUUUUAAUUGCAUGUUGCUCUGUGAACAUGACAUACUGACUGAUUCCUCUGGCUUCUUACAUAGUGCAAGGUCAUUAAAUAACCAUUUCAGCUUUCCAGUUGUUUCUAAAUUAGUAGGUUAAUGAUUUCCAAUAUUGCAUGUACAGUUAUAAACGAGAGAGAGAUAAGCUCACGUUUAAUACAUGAUCCAUGGAUAACAGUAGGGAUAAUCAGUGAUUUAUAUACAUGGAAUACUAUGCAUUUUUACAGCAUUGUAUGAAAAAGAGCCUUUCUUGCAAUAUAGUGGCUUAUUGUUGAGACUUAAAGCUAUACAACUAAAGCUUUAAUUUUAAUUGUUUAGUUUAGAUGUAUUGAAUAAAAUCAAGGCAUGUACCAAAAACGUAUGCCUGCCAGUAGGGGUUUAUCUUUACAGCCCCAUGCAAAAUAAGUCUCUGGGCCCCCCAUCCUUGUACACAUCUUUGGAGGGCACAAUCCCAUCCCCCUGCUUGAUCCAUUAACCCUGCUAGUUAGUGAAUCUACCCCUCAAUUAUUAUUGCACUGCCUACCAGCAAAGGAUUCAACUAUGCAGAACCUACAUUGUUAGGGUACUUAAGUUAUAUAAUGGAUAAAAACACUCAAUUACAUUGAAAUAACAGAUGUGCUAGUGAAACCUUCUAAUUUAAAGUGUUGCUUUAGGGUAAUUGGUCAAAAUGCAGUGUUCCAUAGUCCCAAGCACUUCCUGACUUAUGUUUACUCUCAGCAGUUUACUUAGCUGCUCAGUGGGCAGGGGACAAAAUGCUUAAAAUUGUCACUAUUAACAUUAAAUGUUAAUUACAUGCAGGUGCCUGUUAUGGUAAAGUGCAUAUCUCUUGGAAAUGUGGCACUGAACAUUUUUGAGUGUAAGCACCCGUCACUUUAAUACAUAAUGAGCUUGCAGACAGUUCCCUUUCAGAGUGAAUGGGAACAGUUUUGAUUGUUUUCUCCCCGAGCAUUAAAGCAACAAAAUACUUGGGCCACUAACCAAUUGAAAAUAUCCUGUGUACAAUUAACCUUCAAAGGGCAUGUAAACCCUAAAUUUUCCUACUAUGUAUAUAAGUUGGGCACAUCUGCCCGACUCUAACCACAUUAACAAAACUUGUCCAAUUGAAAAUGUUCCAUUUACCACCACUCUUUGUAAUCUAUCCUUCAGCCAGUUCUCUAUCCAAUUACAAGUAAAUUCCUGAGGAAGGGGGUUGAGUUGGUUAGAGGAGGAAAAGGAAUCCCAAUUGAUUAAGUGGAUGCUGCAGCUCUACUAUUAACCUUUGAACAACCUGAGUUGCAGGUAUUUAAAUAUUUCAAAGAGCUUGUUACUCUGACCAGCUCUUCCUUUCUACUGCAACUGGAAACAUAAAACAGGGAGUGCUUCAGUCUAUGGAAGACCAAGCAGUUUAAAUGCCUCUAUCUGUAGUUUCAUGAACAGGUAGCUGGUACUGCAUAGCUUAUGUCAUUAUUGAGUUUCGGAAAAUCGUCUGGAAAGGAAGUUGGUGGUAGGCGAGGAGCAUCAUCACUAAUUAAAGCUGAAGUUUGGAGGAAAAAUGGAAGCAAAGUACUCAGUUUUAUUGGUGCAGAAUUAAAAUUCAAGUUCAGGACUUCUCUUUAUCAUGCUUGCAACUCAGCAUAUGCUUAGACCCAGAAAAAGAAAAGACAGAAGGCCAUGUUGGUAGAACACUGAAGGUAUGUCAAAAAGAAAGUGCGUUGCAUCAUAUUUGGAAUGGAGCUGCUGGCUUUAGUUUCCCUUAAUAUAAUAAAGAUGUAGGACUAAAGCUGGAGCAGACAGAGGACGCAAACUAACUGUCAGUGCCUGCACUCAUCCUGGGCAUGCAUUCUGUUAACAAUGCCAUUGCUAAAAAUAUCUGCCAUAUAUAUGUUGGGUUCUGACAUAACUAUGCACUUCUGCGAAUGUGGAAACUGAGAAUUGCUCAUGAGAAUGUGUGUGCAUUCUGUGAGCGUAAUUAUCUGUAACAGAGCCAGCAUUUCUAUUUAUUAUUUAUAAAAAUGAAUUUGCAUUGAUCCCAAAAUACCAUGUUGUGUUUUUCCUAGUGGAAAGCACAGAAGAUAAUCAGAAAUUGUUAAAAUGUUAACAUAAGCAAUGUAUUUAUCUGUGUUCUUUUGUCUACUUCAAUAGUUUACCACCAGAAUUCUGCAAAAACAACAAUCACAUGCUUAAAUUGAACCUGUCAUCCCAGGUGUCUUAAUAGCAUAAGAAAGAAAGAAAAUGUAAGUGGGUUUUAUAUAGUCCUUUUCUUAGAUGAACUUUAUUCCCUUUCUGCACUGUCACUAGGCAGCAUUGCUAUUGUAACAUGCUAGCUGGCUUGGCACAGAGUAGGGCUAAAUGCUGCCCCCCAGUGGGGAAACUCUCAUAAAUAACAAUUUCUUAAAAAAUGAUUUUUGAAGUCUGACAGGUAUGACAGUACCCUUGUUUAAUUGAACAAGUAAAGCCAUACAAGGCAUUCUCUGUUUUCUACAGUUAUAAUGUCCUUUUAAAGUUAUUUCUUUUGUCUUUUAAUAUUCAUGUUAAGUUUUUGCAAAGUUUGUGUGAUAAUUUUUGACGGGUUCUUUAAAUGUAUUAUUUAUUUAUUUAUUUGAUCUGUGGCUAUAACUUGUAUUGUCUUGUAUUAACCAUUGGUAUGUCUCUGUUUUUGUUCUAUGCGCACCAUUCUUAAAUGUAGAUGUAACAAUGUUGUACUCCUCUCUGGCAUGCAUGGGGUUAAAGGAUGAGCAUGAGCUGAUCUGUCCUUACAAACUGAGAUUAAUAAAAAAAUCAGAGACAUGUUUGAUGCUUUCUCUAAAUGGCAAUGAAAACAGGUUCAUUUAAACAUAAUACUGACUUAAAAUUGAAUUUUACAGAUGAAUUUUACAGAUGACAAAAAGUGUGGGAAAUGUUACACCCAUUGUACCCAUGUUAUAUUUUAAAGAAGCAUUGUAGCUGCUGAGACUGAUUAUAUACACAAAUGGCAAAUACCCAUUACACACAUAUCCAGCAUUGGACAUAUUUCUGUGAUCCUAAGUGCAAAAGAAGAAAAUCACAGUGAGACUGGGAGACAGCUUUAAAAUAUUACCCCAUACACCUAUACUUAAAGGAAAACUAUACCCCCAACUAAUGUACCGGUAGGUCUCUAUAAAUAUAUAUUGCAUAAUCAAGCACAUAUGUAAAACCCUGCUUCAUCUAAUAAACCAUUUUUUAUAAAAAUAUACUUUUUAAGUAGUAUGUCCCAUUAGGUAAUCCUUAGUAGAAAACUGCCAUUUUUAGAGCUGCGCCCUGGGAUCAUAGGAUUCACAGUGCACACAAGCAAACCAAGUGCAUACAUACACGUACAAGUCACAGCAGAAUGGACAGAGUUCUGUCUUUUGCUUCCACACUUCUUCCCAUUAAAGUUAGAGCUGCAUUAUGUCUGGUCAUGUGAUCUCUGAGGGAGACACACAGACCAGCACAAAAUGGUGACUCAAGAUAAAGAUGUAAAAGGGCAAUAUUUACUGAUAUAUACUGUAUAUACGAUUCUUUAAUGGGUCACUUAACAUUAUAUAAACUAUCUGUUGGUAAUGUAUUCAUUUUGGGGGUAUAGUUUCACUCUCUUUUAAGGAGAAGGGAAGGAAGACAGGAAAAAACAUGUUCAUGUAUUGAAAUUAUUAUUCCAAAUUGUUAAUAAAGCAAUGCAUCACUUCAACUUA